UCCCUCUCCCAUCCGCUCCGCCCGGCUUGGCACCCCGGAAGCCGUAGAGAGGAGGGCCGUGACUGGGCUCAGCCCCGCGCUGCCCCCAGGCGGCCAGGAGGGGAUGGCCCAGGGGAGCAGAGGGCGGGAAGUGGCUUCUGCUACCAGGUCUGUAGGCUGGUCCCCGCCCCCACGCCCCGACAUGGAGAGCCUCCUCCGGAGUGUGCAAAGGGACCUGAACAUAGACGCACGGCAGCUGGCCCCGGCCCCCGUGGGCUCCCACGUGGUGGCCCUAGUGCCCGUGCGGUGGCUGGCCAGCCUCCGAGAGCGCCGGCUACCCCAGGGACCCUGCCCCCGGGCCGAGGGCCUGGGUGAGACGGAAAUCAGAACUCUUCUGCAGCGCUCAGUGCAGAGGCUGCCCCCGGGCUGGACGCGCGUGGAGGUGCACGGGCUCCGAAAACGGAGGCUUUCCUACCCCCUGGGCGGGGAUCUGCCCUUUGAGGAGGGGUCCUGCUGCUCUGAGACCCUCACUCGCUUCAUGCAGGAUGUGGUUGCCCAGAAUUGUCGCAACUUGUGGCGCCAUGCAUACCACACUUAUGGACGGCCCUAUAGCCAUAGCCCUGCCCCCUCAGCUGCCCCUGCCCUAGACUUAGUUAGGCAGGCUUUGCAAAAGGUCUAUGGUUGCACCUUCAUGCCAGUGGGUGAAGCUACUCAAUGCCCAUCAUAUGCCAGAGAGGCACCAUGUCCCCCUGGAGGUAGUCCGACCUGCCCUAGUCUUUUACGAGCGGAAGCCCUGCUGGAGUCACCAGAGAUGCUGUAUGUAGUACAUCCUUAUGUCCAGUUCUCCCUGCAUGAUGUGGUCACCUUCAGUCCUGCCAAGCUGACCAACAGCCAAGCUAAGGUGCUUUUCAUUCUGUUCCGUGUGCUGCGGGCCAUGGAUGCCUGUCACCGCCAGGGGCUGGCCUGCGGAGCCCUGUCUUUGCACCACAUCGCUGUGGAUGAGAAGCUUUGCAGUGAGCUCCGAUUGGACUUGGGUGCUUAUGAGAGGCCAGAGGAUGAUGAGGGCCAAGAGACCUCUGUAGCAGGGGAUGGAACAGGCACGAAGCCUGUAGAGGAGCAGAGAGCGGGGCCUGGGUGUCCCGUCUGCAAGGAAGAACUUAGAAACCUUGUCCUAGACUGGGUCCAUGGCCGCAUCAGCAACUUCUACUACCUCAUGCAGCUGAAUCGGCUGGCAGGCCGGCGACAAGGAGAUCCUAACUAUCACCCAGUGCUGCCCUGGGUGGUGGACUUUACCACACCCCACGGCCGCUUUCGAGACCUGCGGAAGUCCAAGUUCCGCCUCAAUAAGGGGGAUAAGCAGUUGGACUUUACGUAUGAGAUGACACGGCAGGCGUUUGUAGCAGGGGGUGCAGGCGGUGGGGAGCCACCUCAUGUGCCCCAUCACAUCUCAGACGUGCUCUCCGACAUCACCUACUAUGUGUACAAAGCUCGGCGCACACCCCGGUCGGUGCUCUGCGGUCAUGUCCGGGCACAGUGGGAGCCCCAUGAAUACCCCGCCAGCAUGGAGCGCAUGCAAAACUGGACCCCGGAUGAGUGCAUCCCCGAGUUCUACACUGACCCCUCUAUCUUCUGUUCCAUCCACCCGGACAUGCCUGAUCUGGAUGUACCGGCAUGGUGCAGCUCUAACGAGGAGUUUGUGGCCGCCCACCGGGCGCUGUUGGAGAGCCGAGAGGUGUCCCAGGACCUGCAUCACUGGAUUGACCUCACCUUCGGCUACAAGCUUCAGGGCAAAGAGGCUGUGAAGGAGAAAAACGUGUGUCUCCACCUGGUAGAUGCCCACACCCACCUGACCAGCUAUGGCGUAGUGCAGCUCUUUGACCAGCCGCACCCUCAGCGGCUGGCUGGUACAUCUACCCUUACCCCUGAACCUCCCCUCAUACCCAAGCUGUUUGUCCAGCCCAUCCAGGAAACCACAGGCCAGGAGGACUUCCCAGGACAGCUGACAAAUGGGAUGGGAAGGAUGGUUUUGGAGGCCACUCCAUGUGAGGCUGGUUGGACGAGGGACAGGCCUGCGAUGGGGGAGGAUGACUUGGAGCAGGCCACGGAAGCUCUGGAUUCUAUCUCCCUCACGGGGAAAGUGAGUGACCAGCCAGGUUCCGUCUCCAGCCAAGUGACCCCUGGCCUCCUGCCUUUCUCAGUUCCCUCAUCCUCUCGCGCAGGCCGCAGGAGCAAAGCCGGGACUGACCCUGGGGAGAGUGAAGAGGGAAAGAUCCUUCUCCCAGAAGGCUUCAAUCCCAUGCAGGCGCUGGAGGAGCUGGAGAAACUGGGCAAUUUCUUGACCAAAGGCCUGGGUGGCCACCUGGAGAUGCCUGAGCAGCUCCAAGUCCAGCUGCCUGUGCAGCUGCAGGCCCUCUUUCAUCGGGACAUGCAGGCACUCGGGGUGCUGUUGGCUGAGAUGGUCUUUGCCACCAGGGUCCGGACGUUGCAGCCUGAUGCACCUUUGUGGGUACGUUUUGAGGCCGUGCGAGGACUUUGCACACGCCACCUCAAAGAGGUCCCUGUGUCUCUGCAGCCUGUUUUGAAUUUGUUGCUGCAACUGAGCGGACCCCAAGGCCCUGUAGUUGGGGAGAAGAGCCAGCUGGAUCCACUAUUUGAGUACCAACCCGUGUCCCGGGGACUGCCCCCACCCUGCCCGGCCCAGUUGCUUAGCCCGUUCAGCUCCAUUGUUCCUUUCCCUCCGUACUUCCCUGCACUGCACAAGUUCAUCCUCCUGUACCAGGCACGGCGCGUGGAGGACGAGGCCCAGGGGCGUGAGCUGGUGUUUGCCCUGUGGCAGCAGCUGGGUGCAGUGCUGAGUGACAUUACCCCUGAGGGCCUUGAGAUCCUGCUGCCUUUUGUGCUGUCCCUCAUGUCCGAGGAGCACACGGCUGUGUACACGGCCUGGUACCUGUUUGAACCUGUUGCCAAGGCCCUAGGCCCCAAAAAUGCCAACAAGUACUUGCUGAAGCCUCUCAUAGGGGCCUAUGAGAGCCCCUGCUGGCUCCAUGGCCGCUUCUACCUGUACACAGAUUGCUUUGUGGCCCAGCUUAUGGUGCGGCUGGGCCUGCAGGCCUUUCUGGUCCACCUGCUGCCACAUGUCCUGCAGGUGCUGGCUGGGGCCGAGGCCUCCCAGGAGGAAAGCAAGGGCUUGGCGGGGGCUGCCGAGGAUGAGGAGAGGGGGCUGCCGGGGGCUGGGCCAGGUGCCUGUUCCUUUGAGGAGGAGAUUCAGAUGGAUGGUGAGCCGCCUGCCUCCUCGGGCCUUGGGCUGCCAGACUACACAUCCGGUGUCAGCUUCCAUGAUCAGGCCGACCUCCCUGAGACCGAGGACUUCCAGGCCGGGCUCUAUGUGGCUGAGUCUCCGCAGCCCCAGGAGGCAGAGGCUGUGAGCCUGGGUCGGCUGAGUGACAAGAGCAGCACCAGCGAGACCUCCCUGGGCGAGGAGCAGGCUGCUGAUGAGGCAGGGGCCCCUGUGGACAAGAGCAGCCUUCAGUCAGGGGACAGCAGUCAGGACUUGAAACAGAGUGAGGGCUCGGAGGAGGAGGAAGAGGAGGAAGACGGCUGUGUGGUGUUGGAGGAGGAGGGGGUGGAGCAGGACGAGGUCAACGGGGCAUCUGAGCUCACCCUGUCCGACACGGUGCUGUCCAUGGAUACGGUGGUGGCCAGCGGCGGGAGAGAUGGGGAGGAAGAGGAGGAGCCAUUGGCUGAGCAGUCCGAGGGCAAAGAACAGAAGAUCCUACUUGACACAGCCUGCAAGAUGGUCCGCUGGCUGUCCGCCAAGCUCGGCCCAACCGUGGCCUCCCGCCACGUGGCCCGGAACCUGCUCCGCCUGUUGACUUCUUGUUACGUUGGGCCCACUAGGCAGCAGUUUACGGUGAGCAGUGGCGAGAGUCCUCCACUGAGUGCUGGCAACAUCUAUCAGAAGAGGCCAGUGCUGGGUGAUGUCGUGUCUGCCCCUGUGCUCAGCUGCCUCCUCCACAUCGCCCACCUGUACGGGGAGCCUGUUCUCACCUACCAGUACCUGCCCUACAUCAGCUACCUGGUGGCCCCUAGCAGCACUUCAGGCCCCAGCCGACUGAAUAGCCGCAAGGAAGCCGGGCUGCUGGCAGCGGUGACGCUGACCCAGAAGAUUAUUGUGUACCUCUCGGACACCACCCUGAUGGACAUCCUGCCCCGUAUCAGCCAUGAGAUCCUGCUGCCUGUGCUCAGCUUCCUUACUUCCCUCGUCACGGGGUUCCCAAGUGGUGCGCAGGCCCGGACUGUUUUGUGUGUGAAGACCAUCAGCCUCAUUGCCCUGAUCUGCCUGCGCAUUGGGCAGGAGAUGGUCCAGCAGCACCUGAGCGAGCCCGUGGCCACCUUCUUUCAAGUCUUCUCCCAGCUGCAUGAGCUUCAGCAUCAGGAUCUGAAGCUGGAUCCUACGGGUCGUGGUGAGGGCCAGCUGCCAGAAGUGGCCUUCUCUGAUGGGCAGCAGCGGCCAGUGGACCCCGGCCUGCUGGAUGAGCUGCAGAAGGUGUUCACCUUGGAAAUGGCGUACACAAUCUAUGUGCCUUUCUCCUGCCUUCUGGGUGACAUCAUCCGGAAGAUCGUUCCCAACCACGAGCUAGUUGGGGAGCUGGCGGGACUGUAUUUGGAGAGCAUCAGCCCCAGCACUCAGAGCCCUGCCAGCGUGGAGCCUGCCGUGCCCACCUCUGGCCCUGAUUGGGACCCCCAUUGCGGGGGUAGUCUUCAGGAUGAUGGUCACUCAGGGACCUUUGGGAGUGUCCUGAUUGGGAAUCGAAUCCAGAUCCCCACAGACUCUCAGCUUGAGAGCCCUGGCCUGCUGGGCUCCAUCCCGGGGGUGGGUGGCAGGGGCCUGAGUGGAGGCAGUGAGGACCACGCCCUGAAGCGGGAGUUGCCACGCAGCGUACACGGGCUGAGCGGGAACUGGCUGGCGUACUGGCAGUACGAGAUUGGCGUGAGCCAGCAGGACGCCCACUUCCACUUCCACCAGAUCCGCCUGCAGAGCUUCCCUGGCCACUCGGGGGCUGUCAAGUGUGUGGCGCCCUUGAGCAGUGAGGACUUCUUCCUGAGUGGCAGCAAGGACCGGACAGUGCGCCUCUGGCCACUCUACAACUACGGGGACGGGACCAGCGAAACAGCCCCACGCCUGGUCUAUGCCCAGCACCGCAAGAGUGUCUUCUACGUGGGCCAGCUUGAGGCCCCACAGUACGUGGUGAGCUGUGACGGGGCCGUGCACAUCUGGGACCCCUUCACAGGGAAGCCCCUUCGCACAGUGGAGCCGUCAGACAGUCGGGUGCCGCUGACCGCCGUGGCCGUCAUGCCUGCCCCACACACCAGUAUCACCAUGGCCAGCUCCGACUCUACCCUGCGCUUUGUGGACUGCAGGAAGCCUGGCCUGCAGCAUGAGUUCCGCCUGGGUGGUGGGCUAAAUCCGGGCCUUGUCCGCUCCCUGGCCGUCAGCCCCAGCGGCCGCAGCGUCGUGGCUGGCUUCUCUUCGGGCUUCAUGGUGCUCCUGGACACCCGCACGGGCCUGGUUCUGCGGGGCUGGCCAGCCCAUGAGGGGGACAUCCUGCAGAUCAAGGCGGUUGAAGGCAGCAUCCUGGUCAGCUCCUCCUCUGACCAUUCCCUGACCGUCUGGAAGGAGCUGGAGCAGAAGCCCACGCAUCACUACAAGUCGGCAUCCGACCCCAUCCACACCUUUGACCUGUACGGCAGCGAGGUGGUCACUGGCACAGUGGCCAACAAGAUCGGUGUCUGCUCCCUGCUUGAGCCUCCCUCUCAGGCCACCACCAAACUCAGCUCCGAGAACUUCCGAGGCACCCUGACCAGCCUGGCCUUGCUGCCCACCAAGCGCCACCUCUUGCUGGGCUCGGACAAUGGGGUUAUCCGCCUGCUGGCAUAA